CACAAUAUGAAAGAAACACAACCAUUUCAUUACAUUUAUACGUCAUGUCAUAAGAAUUUACACUUUCGGAACCUGCCUUUCAUUUGUUCGUAAAACUUCUAACAUUGAGUACUUCCGGCCAUUCAAAACAACAAAACAUUGGAGGGAUUUUGCCGUUGAAGUUGUGUGGUUGUGUUUUAAUUUAGGGCAUAGAGUGAACACAAAUGGAUGAUAUACAGUCAUGGUGGGAAGUGCCCUGUAUAGCUCACUUUUGUUCCUUGUUUAGGGCAGCUUUCAAUCUGCUGGAUUUUGACAUUGAGGAGCUGGAAGAAGCUUUGCUGACUGAUGGCGCAGAAGAUUCUGGAAGCUCAUUACUUCAAGAACUGAUUGUUAGGCUGUUGUGUGGCUGUUUAGGGAACAAUGACAUUUCAACUUUUAACUACCAGAUGUUUUUGAGACGUCUGUUCCGACAAAAGUGUCAGGAAUAUGGAAGAGAGAAUCCCUUCAAUACUGACAUGGACUUUCAGUUCCUACCUUUACGAACAAAGGUUGAAAUAUUGCAUGCUUUGUGUGAUUUCCGAUUGGAUGCUGAUGAUGUCCAGGAUGUACUGAAGAACUUGGAAUCGGAUAGUUUAAGGGUUGAGCCCCUUGGUCAUGAUGAAAACCAUUCAGCAUACUGGUACUUCUAUGGAACGAGAUUGUAUAGGGAAGAUUAUCCUAAAGCCCUUUUUCUUCCUCAGAAAAAAAGAGUCAAAGAAAAGAAACGAAGAUUAAAGGAUGAGAAACGAAAGAAGAAGAGAGGAAAAUCACCAGCUGAUUCAGAAGGAGAGGAACAAAGCAGUAGUGUGUGGCAAGUGGUUUGUUUCACAGAAGAAGACUGGGACAAAGUCACUGAAGGUUUCAGGGACUCUACAUCUAAAGUUGAACGAGCCUUGUACCACACCCUGUCGGAAGACUUUCUACCUGAAAUACCUCGCCUAUUUUCAGAGAAAGAAAAGCUGCAAAGAAAGCGACUACUUGAAUAUCAGCCAAGGCGGCAAUCCAGCCGACUAGAGAAGCUAAAACAGCAGAAAGAGGAGGAAGAGCGGUUACAACAAAAAGAGGGUGAGAGACAACGACAAGAAAGGGAACGUAAAGAACGAUUGCUUCAGGGCAUCACAGCGAAAGAAGAACGUGCAAAUAGAGCUCUCAUGCGCUCAAUUUCUCGAACUAAUUCAGAGUGUGGGAGUACUAGUAGUUUGACUGAUUUGGUGACUGAACCAAGGGGAUUUAUUGGUCGCCAGACAAAUAACUCCCUUUCUUCUGCAACAGGACAGAUAGUUAUUCAAGGGCUGCGACGUAAGCUUCGUGGUUCUCAGGUUUUCAGGCAAAGUGAAGAAGAUUUGCAAACAGGCAUGUACAAAAUAUUAGAACAUGUUAAAGCACACGAGGAUGCGUGGCCUUUUCUGGAUGCAGUGGACGAAAAAUAUGCACCGCGAUAUUAUUCUAUUAUUACAAGGCCCAUGGAUCUUCAGAAAAUGGAAGAGAAGCUUGAUGAUGGAGAGUAUCUCUCCUUUGCUGAAUUUAAGGCUGACUUUCAACUGAUUGUGGACAAUUGUCGACAGUACAAUGGUACUGACAAUGAAUAUACUGAAAUGGUGGGGAAUCUUCAAGAAGCAUUUCAAAUGGCAGCUGAACGUUACUUGGAAUCUGAUCCAUCAUCUGAUGAAGACGCAUCAGUUGAGCUACCAAAAAGGCAAAGCCACAGUAGUACAUCUGGGCAUGGUAAUGUGCAAGGCAGUAAGAAGAAAGGAAAGACUGAUAAAAACCAGGAAUUGGAGGACAAGAUGGAGAGUGAUGAAAGGUCACUAACACCGUCAAGCAUUUUAUCUGAAGCUUCAGGUGAAAGUGAAAAGGAGCCAGAGGUGUGUAGUAAUAGAUUUGAAAACACAGAGUCAGUACAUGAAGAUGGCUCUGAAAGUGCCAGCUUAAAAAAUGAGAGUGAGAGUGAGAAUCAGUAUCCGAGGAGCACAAACGGAAACAAAAGAAAUAAGAAGACAGGUGUAAUUAAGAAUGCAGCAGCUAUUGAAGCGUUGGAACUAGCAACAGAGCAGACACUCAAGGAUAUUAACAAGUGGCUAGAUGACACACCACGAUUCUCUGAAUUUUCAUCUGCAAGUAAUUCCCCAUCAUAUUUCAUGAACACUGGAACAGAAGAAUAUGAUGGGUCAACUCGUGUGGAUGAACAUAAAAAUAGUUCUAAAUCACACGAGAAAGCUUUCCGUAAGGAACAAAAGGAUGCAUCAAAAAAGCGUUUGAACAAGGAUCCUGCCAAACAACAACGUAAACGAGAGGUCCAAAGAACAAUUGAUCGCUUACAGCCAGGCAAGAGUAAAGGAAAUCUGCUAUCCAACAUUCAGAGUACAAGUAAAGUAACAGAAGAUGGGAGUAUUGCUGGAAAACCUAAAGAUGGAAAAGCAUUACAACCUGUGAAGUCUGAAGAAACUAUGCCAAAACUUAGUCUGGGGUCUGUCUUAAGAAAUGAUGUUUUAGCCUUCGGUGUUGGCAGUGGGCAUAAUUUUUCCACAAAAGAGGAGGCUGAAGACACCAAAUUUGAUCUCUCAGAAGAUGAAUUGUCAAAGGUUCCUGUAGAUGUUAAAGUGCCUGUGUCUCCAGAAUCUCACAAAUCCGUGUGUUCAAAUUUGUCUGCAAAGAAAGAAACUGAAGAGUCUUUAGAAAGCACUAAAAAUAUAGUACAACAAACAAAGCAAGAAAAGGCUACACCAAAUCUUAGUGCGUGGUUCAAAGCAUUUGGCGCUCCGAGAACACUGACAGUGCAGAAAAAAAAGUCAGACUCUUGCUCUCAAGAAAAUGAAUCUCUUCCUACUGGUGAAAGAACUGAUUCUCAAAAUGUUCCUUUUACAGAUAAAUCACAUAUGUUUGAGCGAGAGUCUGUCCCUUCAAAGUAUUCUAGCAUGGCGAUGGGUGAUCUCUAUAGUGGAAGAAUGCCAGAAGAAUCUGAGAAAAGAUCAUUACACUCCCCACACCAAAGAAGUGGGCAAGAAGAAGCUACAACUUCACCGUUACAGAACGUUUCUCGUCAAAGGAGAAUAAGUACGGGUAGCAGCAUGUCUGAACGUUCUUCAUUUAGCCAGGAUCCAAUGGACCCACUAGACGGUUCCUCCCCUCGUGUGGAAAAUUAUUCCACCCAUUAUCCUUCCCCCCUUCAUCGUUCUCCAGUGGCUGCAUCACCCCUGAUGGCAUCUCCUCGUCCAGAAGAUAACCUGAAGCUGCCUCCAUAUCAGCCUAUCAAUGGAACUAUACGGGCUGGUUUUUAUCAAGAUACAUCUUCACUUCAGAAAGGAAGUCCAGACAAAAACAGCAGCAAUGGUAGCCCAAGGGACCAGAUGCAUUCAUCUGCAUUUCCUUUAUAUAGUCCACGAAUGUAUCCACCAGCUAAUGAUUCAAUAGGCUACUCAACAUACCAGGGAAGAUCACCGGAAUCUCCAGCAGCUAUGCUGGGACCAAAGUCCCUGUACAGCAGUGUUCCGGUAUAUAGUGCAAGUCCCAUGAUGCAGUAUUAUGACACAAGUAAGCCACUGACUGAUCAGUAUAGGGCUGCAAGAACACAAGCAGCAGAAGAAGAGGUACCCUCAUCAGUUAAUACCAGUAAUGUCACAACAUUUUCAACUAGCCAUCAGCAAAACACAGGAACAUCAACUUCAGCAUCUAGUACAAUGACUAAGUCACUGAUGAAACCAUCAUCCAUUUUCCCUGUAAAAAAACGUUUGUACAGUGAAGUGGAGCCAUCUUCAGUUGACAGAUUGCCUCCACCAGCACAUGCUUCUGAUCGAGCUCCUUUGGAAGGAUUUGUUGCAGAUCAAGCUCGUGAUUCUGUGCCUUUGGAUUGUGCGCGGCAUUCCCCUGAGAGAGCACAUCAAAUGUCUCUGCCUAAUAUUGUUUCAGGGAGUGAAAGAUUCCAUAGUAAUGUGGAAAAUCUUCAUGCCCCACUGCCGGUGAAUGAGAAAUCUCUGGCAUUAGUCACAAAUUCAGAUGUAAUCUCUGAAAGCCCACGUUUGAAAGAAGAGUUUCUCAAUCAACCAAAUGUUAUGACUGGCCGUGGAUCACCCCAAGUGCCAAGACCACUCUCUUCGCCGUGUUCAAAAAAUACAUUAUCUGAUGAUGAUGUUCAAGUAAUAGGUGUUUUAAAGAAGUCUCAUGCCUCAUCUCCAAACCUGUUACUUUCUUCUGCUUCUUCACUGUCUCCAAAACAGAGUCAUUUAGCAACUAACAGUAGGUCUCUGUCAGACUGUGUGCCAAAUGUUAGUAACAAGACCUUUAUGACUAAUCACUUAGAGAAUGAUGGACCGCUUAAGGAAAAUACUAUGUCCAAAAAGAACGCAGAGGCUCCCGAAUCUUGCAUUGUAUUGCAUUCACAUAAAGAUGUAAAUGUCACAGUGCCACAUAAACAAAUGCGACAGGUGUCACCACCAAUGCCGCAACCGAGUCCAUCUUCUCUUAGUGUUGCUCCACCAGCACACAGUGGAGAUUUCUCCUUUCAUCGAGCACCUUUCUCACCUCUUCCUCAGUCGCCAGUAGGAGUAGAUGCAUCAGCACCUUUAAGAGGUAGUAUAACUAACCUCUCGCACAUUGUUGAAAGGUUUCCAACUGAUGGAAGAGGUAUUUCUGCAAUUCAAGGAACUAGCUCUCAAUAUUACAUAGAAAAAACUGUUAAAAACCAACUUAUGUUUAGUCAGAACAUUUCAUCUUCUAUACAUGUUCCAUCAACUUCAGCUACAAAUGUACCCGUGUUUUCUCAAGUCCCUUCCACUAUAGCGACAUUGCCUUAUAAUAGAAACAGCCCUACGACUCCUUCUCUAAGUUACACCCAGUCACAGUUGUCACCACCUUUAAAAACCACAAAUAACCAAGGAACCUACAGCAGAUCAGAAGAAUCUUCCUUAUUAUCUGUGAAAAACUGUGUAGCCACAUCUGGGCAGACAACAUUUACUCAUUCUGUUUCGGAUUUGUCAUCAGCACUGGCUAAAAGCUCUUCUACCUCGCCAAAUAUACAAGCCUCUUUAAAUAAACCAGUUGCAGAUCUUUCACCAGUGUUGACAAGCAAAGACCCCCAACCCAUAGAUCUCCAAGUACCAUUUGCUCACCAAGCUACUGAUUUGACACCAGCCAUUCAUAGCAAAAUAUCUGGUGCAUCUGUUAACACUACAUCACACAAUAGACAAAUGACAGACUAUUUGCCAUCUAACAAAGCAUCCGCUUCUACAGAAAUGCAAGGACAGCCAAAGUCCCGGAAACGAAAGACAAAAGUUGCAGUUGCAAGUAGUGGAGUGUCUGUUGCAAGUAGUGUUUCAGGAUCAACAGCAUUUCAACAGUAUGUGGGACUAAAGGGUGACUCAGUGAUCUCUGAACCUACGGCUAUAUCUCUCAAGACAACUAGUGUUGUUCCAGGUAGUGCCUUUAACUUUGGACCUCGUCCAGGUUGCCUGGGUAUAUAUUCAGACAAAGACACUUUUGCAGGAUAUCUUGAAGAUUAUCGGACUGCAUCUACAAACUACUACAUUGCUGCUUCAGAAUCUGGACGUGAUAAAAUGGUGCAGAAUUCACCUGCACCAUCGGCAAAUCCAUUCCAGGUAUUCACUCAUUCUCAACCUCGUCAACCUGCCUAUUCUCCCCUGGCGCAAGCUUUUAUAAACCAUCAACAAGCUCUGGUUGAUCCCCCUGGUGCCCCUGGUUCCAUAUACCAGCCUUAUGAACUACUGCGCCAUUCGAGUUCUCCAAUGGUCCUGCAUCAAGGCCUUUUACCACCUCCCUCUGGCUUCCCACCUGGCUAUCACCCUGCACUUAGUAUACGUCAGCCGUAUGAUUCAGUGAAUCGACCAUCGUGGCUGUGAUCAUUGCGACAUCAAAACUGAAAGCAGUUGUGACUGUAUACGUGUGAAAAGUAUUUUAAUACCCAUAAAGUCAAUACCAAAGAAACCACUGCUGAUUAACACAUUUGCCAAUGAGAUGCUGUUGUUCAUUUAUUGUUUAUAGACAAGCAAACAUCACAUUAUAUGUGUAUUGUUGAUUUUUAUAUGUUUUUAUGUGACUCAAAUCUUACAUUUCCAUUUUGAUUUUUAAUGAAUAUUGAUACUGUAUCUUUUAUUUGCUAAGGAAUACUGUGCUCAUGCUUUAACCAGUGUCUCAGAAGUACAGCAUAUUGUUGUGUUUUUAUAGUAUUUUAUUGUAACUAUUCCAAAGAUCAGCUGUCUGAUAUGUGAAAUGUUUAACUGUGUGUAAAUAGUUUUUUUAUACAAAGGUAUAUUUAUUAAUUCUGUGAUAGCAUUAACUGUGUACAUGGGUGCCUUGUAUUUCUUUCUUUGUGUGCGUGUGUGUGUAUGUCAGAGAGAGAGAGAGAGAGAGAGAGAGAGAGAGAGAGAGAGAGAGAGAGAGUGAAUUUGCAGUCACAUUCUCUCCUUUGUGUGAAGUUUCCUGUAGUCAAAAUGCAUUAAACUUUCACUGCUUUUUUAUAUCCUGUUUUGCAACACAUUUCUUUCUUAUUUUUGUCAUUGAUGAGCAAUUAAUCAUCAUGCCUAAUAUUUAACAAACUUUUUAUGUGAACACUCAAAAUUUGUAUGCAUUGAUUCAAAAGCAGCUUUAAUGCACAAUAAUGUAAAAGAUUUUAAAGCCACAUAGGAAAUUAGUCAUGUAGUUUCUGUUUACAUUUGUUAUUAUUUAUGAAUUAGUUUCUUCAACUAGGCCAAAAAAAGACUGAUUCAUUAUUCACUAAUUACAGAUUCUGUUUUGAUUUUAGGAAGAGAGAGAGAUCUCAAAAGACAAUAGUGUAAUAUUUCAAGGAAAUGCCAUUACUCCUAUGAUGAUGUGCUAAUGGCAGAUACACACACACACACACACACACACACACACACACACACACACACACACACACACUUAGCAUGUGUGCUUAUUAUAAGAUAAAGAUCUGCAAAGUAAGAAAAGAGCAUUGAAUGACACUAAGGAAAAAGAGAGGAACAUUCUGUUAAAGCCCAGAUGAACCAAAGUAUUUUCCAUAAAUGUAGCCUAAGUGUUGAAAAGCUAUACCUAUAAACCAUCAAAGAUAACUUAAAUACCUGCAAUCUGUUGCCCUAAGUUGAUUCUCUGACGUAGCAAAGUCACAAAAUAGAUUUUUCUGGAGGCAAAGCUUUUGUAGCAUUUCAUUUACAGUCCCUGAGGUUCUCCAACUGGGCAGGAAGUGCAAGAAGUUCAAAUAGGUGGAUUGAAUGCCUUUUGUUUUGUCAGAAGCUUUGAUACAUUUGGAUACAAGAAUCUUCUGACAUUGUUGUCUUCCUCUGUGGGAAGUAAUUGGUAUAUUUUAUAUUGGAUAGACUUGGUCAGCAGAUCUGGUUAACUGGUGAAUUGUCAAGAGUUUCUGGCUACUGUGCUUGCUCCAAUUAUACCCAGUACUACCACAGGCAAUGGUGAAUGAAUCAUUAUUUUUAUUUAUAAAACACUGUAAGUUUAAUGUCUGUAAAGCAUUUUCUUUUAAUGUAGUCGGCUAGGGCCUAUAAUUCAAAAAACACAAAAAUUUGUAUUUCAUUGUUCUUAAUUUAUUUGUGAAUUUUUACUCAUCAUGGUGCAUGCCCCUCUCCUGGCACACAAGAACAUACCAACCAAUGGUCAUAUGGUGCUAAAUGUUGUCUUGCCCAGAAUUCCAUUGGGAGUGCAUGGACUAUGUAUUCCUUUGGAACCAUAAUGAACUAUGUCUGUGCCUUAACCUCAUCUCCAUUGAAUAUCAGAUUUACAAACAUUAAUACUACUCCAGAUACUCAUAAUACCCUUUCCUGGAUGAGGAAACACAAUAAUUAAGGCACUGGUCUUUUUUGCCAGAAGAGCAGUAUUAAUAUUCCAUUUAGUCAACAUGAUUUAUUUUUUCUGUUUAUAUAUAUAUUAUAUAGACACACACAAAAUUUCGAGCUUUCGCAACCGGCGGCUGCUUCGUCAGGAAAGAGGGAAGGAAAAGGAAAGAUGAAAGGAUGUUGGUUUUGGAGUCAUUCCAAUCCCGGGAGCGGAAAGACUUACCUUAGGGGGAAAAAAGGCGCGCGCUCACACACACACACACACACACACACACACACACACAUCCACAUCCACAUCCAUCCAUACAUACACAGACACAAGCAGACAUAUUUAAAGGCAAAGAGUUUGAUCCUUUCAUCUUUCCUUUUCCUUCCCUCUUUCCUGACGAAGCAGCUGCCGGUUGCGAAAGCUCGAAAUUUUGUGUGUGUGUGUUUGUGUGUUAUUUUAUUAGUUCUUAUGAAUGCUAAGGUGGUAGGUUUAACAAGACCAGUCUGUUUCUUUAAUAGUACCCACUCACCUUCCCCCCACCCCCACCCCCUCCAGUCCUAAGUAUCUCUAAUUACAUUGACAUGGAUAUUAUGUUGAACUCUGAUCUUCAUAUAUCACUUUAAAAUCUCAGUUUACAGUAUACUAACUAUAAAUUACCCAAUUUGCAUUACUUAUGCACUAAAAAAUACUCUACAGCAAGUGUACCUCUUGACUUUAGCAUUUACAAUGAUAAUUUGUCCCUCGCCUGUAUGGAGUAGCCUCACCAAAGCCUUUAGAGACAACAAGUGUCCACUUAUGCACUCCAAAAACAUAUCUCCUGUGUUCUGUCUUACUUAAUGGUUAGUGGGAGUUUCAGUACCACAUUGCUCUUGACGAGCUUAACCCUAUCAUCAGCGAGCUCCUCAACUACCUAUUCUCACAUCUGGAAAUGAGGAACAGCCUCUCCAAGAAUCUUAAAUUCACCUGCAUAAUCCAUCUAACAUUGUACCUCACUAUUCGCUUUACCUGCAGCCUUACAUUUUAGCCUACAUGUCAUCCAGUGUGAGAUAUGUCCUGUGCAUACACCCAUUUCUCCCAUGGUCCAUCCUGUACACUAGCUGCUGUUAGAUGUGUAGCUGAAUACAGUCCUCAAGAAUCUAAUAAAAUUUGCAUCUAUUGACCAUCCCUCUUAAACCGCACAAAACUAUGAUUGUCCUUGUCAUCUUUCUGCAUCUGACAUCUUUAUGUUGCUUUCCUUGCAUCCUUACCUUUUGUGUGUAUUCCAUUCAUGUCCUUAUCUAUGUGUCUUUCUGUAGGUCUUGGUGUCAGAAAGUCUCUCCUUCAUGUGGACUUGCCCUGUCAUCAUCAUCUGAUUAUGAGAGCUGUUCUGGAAAUCUUAUCCGUCUUUCCCUACUCAAUCGUGUCUUCGUAUCUUUCACUCUCUAGCUCCCUAGACCAAUAAUCACUCUUUAUUGAGAGGAGUGUGAGCGUUUUCAGUGGCACACCAAUAAAUCAGAGAAAUAAUACAUCUCUGAUAACAAAAUAGAUAUCCCAGUGUGUGUGUGUGUGUGUGUGUGUGUGUGUGUGUGUGUGUGUGUGUGUGCGCGUUUUCAUACCCCCUUGCUUAUCUCCCACUUAGUGCUUCAUCCUUAGGUUGAGUGUUGGUAUUUCCAUGUAAUCAAUGCAUAAAUUGUGUGCAGACACAUAUUACAGUUACUGAUAGCUAGAAGCUUUCUGUUAGUUAUUGCAUCUUGAUCAACCUGUUUUCAAAAAGUGUGCUGUUGUUCAUAAACCACUAAAAUCAGAAAAUUGGAGCAGCAACACUGGAUAGCCUUAUCUUGUGUAUGAGAGAUGGGAAAUGUGAUAGUAUACUUUUUAAUAAUUGAAAAUGCUGUAAUAUGUGUGUUUCCUUCACCAUAUUGAAAUUGCCUCGAAGAAGGAAGUCAUAACUGAGAAUGGAAAAAAAUUGAGGUUCUUAAAUAGAGACUUGAACGCUGCAUUAGUGAUUUCAAACAAUGGGAAAUCCUGGCUGGAAUAACUUUUGUGAUUUAUUUGACUAACAGUAUGAGCUAUUCUUCCUUCUUUGAUAGGUCAUCUUUCAUACAGUCAUGCUGUACUUCCGAGAAAGGAAAAGUCUCUUCUGUUUUUAAUCAUAUGUAUAGAAAUUGUUGCUUGUUGUGUCUCUUUGUUGGAUGCAGUUGUGUUUUUAAAGCCUGUAAUUGUACAUUUGUAAAAGUAAAGUGUCCAUAUGUACAAAAGAAUUGGAAAAUUGAAAUGUAAAAGAGCUCUUUCAAAGUCAGUGAUUCCUGUAUACAGGAAAAACAGCAUAAAAUGCAAAAAAGCAGUGACAUUCGUAAA